GAGGGUAACCUGACUUCAGCCAAUGAAAAUACAUAACGAACGCGCGCCAAAUUCUUGUAUCAAUAUGGCGGCUCUUAGGAAAUGAGUUUCUGAUUAAUUGUUUAUGUAUUUUCUUGGUGAUCUCGCCGAUAUGUUGUCUUUUAUGGAAAAGAGAAGAUCCUCGGCCAAGUUAGCGGAAUGGAGUCCAUCAGAUUGGCCAGAAUCUCUUCUAGAAAUGAGGACGAUCGACAAUCUGCUGCGAUGUUCUAUUUGCUACGAAUUUUUUGACGUAGCUUUGAUAAUUCCAGAAUGUUCCCAUAACUAUUGCUCACUUUGCAUCCGGAGAUCCCUCAGUUACGACCCAAAGUGCCCCACUUGUUCUUUGAAAGUCACUCCUCUCAGUUUAAAAAAUAAUAGGGUGUUGGAUGAAUUAGUCAAAAGUUUCAUCAAAGUCAGAACAAAACUGUUGGAACUAACAACAAGCACUGUGCAAGUCACAAGUGUGCAGUCUGUAGACAAAAAAGGUGGCGAGCCAAAAAAUAAAAAAAUCAUCAACACCUCCCAGACAAACACAAAAAGGAGAAAGGCUCAGUCAAGCUCUCAAAACAGUGCCACCUUUUCAAGCCCAAAUACAAAGAGACAGAAACUUGAUACAGAGAAUGAGCAAGGCUUCAUUCCUGUUAAAGUAGCUGAAAAUGAUGAGGAAGAAAACUCCAGCAGAGAAUCAACCCCCGAGGUUGUUGUCAUUGAAAUGGAAAAACAGGUGCAAGAACCACUGCCAUCAGAACCACAGCCAGUGGUAAUCAGUGAACACAGACCUGAUGAAGGACAACCAUCACAGCCACAAGAUCCAGAGUUAGCUGAGUGUCCAGUUUGCGGCGACAUGAUCCAGCACAGAAAAAUAAAUUCUCAUCUUGAUGCCUGCCUUAAUAGAACAGAAAAGAAAAGUUCUUUACGCACUUCAAGCAGGAAAGAAUCUAGCAAACCCUCAACUAGUAAAUCAAGUAAAUGCAAGAGUCCAGUUGAUGAAGAGUUUCAAGAUUCAUCUACUUCUUCAAGUAAUGAACUGGGAUCCUCUACAACGGAGCAAGAAGUUUCUUCCAUUCCCACAUCAUCCAACGUGACAAUUAAAGGCUCUAAUGCUUUGAUCCGAUUGAUACAGAAAAGAAAGCCUCUUCCAAAACUUGUGUACAAUGUCAUGUCAGAUAAAGAAUUACUAAGAAGAUUAAAGGAAUGGAAUUUGUCAACUAAGGGAAAUAGAUCAACACUUAUCAAAAGACAUCAAGAAUUUGUAAUGCUUUAUAAUUCACAGUGCGAUUCUGAGAGACCCAUGACUGCUGCACAAAUUGUUAGAGAGGUGGAGAAAAAUGAGCUGACAAAGGAGAGAGAGGCAGCAUCUGUUGCUGAAGCUUCAACAUCUCAUAGUAUUCAUUUUACAAAAAAUCAAAGUGAAGGAGAGAUGGAUGAAAUUCGACAGGAAUACCUGAAUCAACAUAAAAAUGAAUUUGAUAAGCUAAUAGCUGAUGUGCAAAAGCGAAAGAAAGGGAAAAGUAAUUUAUCUGCAAAAAGGACUCCAGUCAGUGAAAGGUUGGAUGUGUCAGAGACUAACCCCACUGAUGAAGACUUGAACAAGAAAGACCAAGGUAACAUCGACACAAAUGAGCAGGAAAUUAAUGAUAACUCAUCAGAAUCAAGUGAUCAAACAUACCCACCUUUCUUUAAGAAGAGCACUGCUCCUCCAGAUUCAUCAAAAGGCGUCAACAGUAGGACUUGUUCAGUCAUUCCUGAGCCUCCAUCCUCUCCAAGUCUGGUAUCGUUUGAGGAGGAUGAGGGUACACCAUCACUAGGUUUGGAGGAUAAUGAUUGGGAACUUAAAGAUGGUGAGUCAGACGAGCCCCUGGUUAUUCCAGAAAGCCCAGUGAUAAAAGUUGGAUCAAGAGCUACAGAUGGAAGAACAUACGAGGACACUGUAUCAAGUGACAGUGAGGAAGAGUUUCAACAAACAUUUGUUAAGAAUAAAAAGGUCAAAUCUAACCUGUUUUAAUUAAUGUAGGUUUUGCCUUUAGUGCAAAAUUUUCAAGUUGAAUAAUAAUUAUCCCCGUCUUCUUUGAUCAGAAAGGUAACUAUCUCAACUGAUAUCAUUGGCAAGUUAAGAGAGAUUGAUGUUACAUGUGUACUCAAAUGUUAUUUUCUAGUUGAUCAUUUUUCUAAUUCUCGUCACCCUUCUUUUGAAAAUGCGUAAUUGUAGGGAGAAUUUAUGCACAAAUUAAUCUACAGAUAGUUUCAAGUAUAAAACUCUAGAAAUGAAUUGUAGAAAAUUUUGAAGUCUUUAUCAAUUCAAUUGUGAGAGUUUCUAUUUUAAAAUUAGACAUGUCUUGAAUACUCUCAUCCAAAAGUUAUAUCCCUACAUCUAAAAAAUUACUCUAAACUUCCUUCCACUGCCAUUUUGGCCAUAUCCCAACUUUAUGAUAUAAAUUUGCAAAAAGAAGUUGGUUCAAAAAGUUUAAUUGGUUAUUCAAACGUCAUCCACUGAUAAUAAACCUCAAACGUUUUAUUUUUUUCAAAGAAGCAGUGAAAGUGGAUCUCCAUAAGCAUGAUGACAUGGGUUGAACUAACAACGUGAUUUAAUGUAGAAAAAUCUGUUUAUAUCUGAUACAUAGAGAAGUUGUGUUGCUUCACUCCCCAAUCUUAGGUUUGCUUAGUCUGUAAAUAUCUGUAGAAUUAUAUCCUUCUAUAUUAUUUUUAAUAAUAAUGGUGUGAUAAGUGAGGCACAGCUAACUAUUAGUAAGAAAUUAUUUUAGUGUAAGGCACCAUCUUAUUUUUCAUUGAAAGUAACAGGUUGAAUAAUUCUGACCCAAUGUUUACAGUGAUUUGAGUGAAAGAGCCCUAAAGGAAAAAAAAAAAAAGACAUUGUGGACUACA